CGCCGAUCCUCGACAAUGGCGCAAACCAUGCACCUCCUCUCCUCCCCGUCCCCAUCUCGCUCGCUCCCCUCCCUCUCUCGUCGCCCCAUCCACCCCCUCCCCCUCCUCCGCCGACGCCGCAUCGCCCUCCCCUUCUCCGCCUCCGCCUCAUCGUCCGCGUCGCCACCGCCCCGCGACAUCGGAUCCCCGCUCCUCGCCUCCGACAACGGGGAUCGACGUGGACAAGGUGACGGAGGCGGAGCUGAAGGAGAACGGGUUCCGGAGCACGCGGCGGACGAAGCUGGUGUGCACGAUCGGGCCCGCCACGUGCGGGCCGGAGCAGCUCGAGGCGCUCGCCGUGGGCGGGAUGAACGUCGCCAGGGUCAACAUGUGCCACGGCACCCACGAGUGGCACCGCAGGGUCAUUCGCCAGGUGCGGCGCCUCAACGAGGAGAAGGGCUUCGCCGUCGCCGUGAUGAUGGACACCGAGGGGAGCGAGAUCCACAUGGGCGACCUCGGCGGCGCGCCCUCCGCCAAGGCCGAGGAUGGGGAGAUAUGGACAUUUAGUGUCAGAGCUUUUAAUUCACCUCUUCCAGAUCGCACCGUUCAUGUGAAUUAUGAUGGCUUUGCCGAAGAUGUGAAAGUGGGAGAUGAACUUCUUGUGGAUGGAGGAAUGGCCAGAUUUGAGGUGAUUGAGAAGAUUGGACCGGAUGUAAAGUGCCGCUGCACUGAUCCUGGUCUGCUAUUGCCACGUGCUAAUCUUACUUUUUGGCGGGAUGGUAGUUUAGUUCGUGAACGUAACGCUAUGCUUCCUACAAUAUCUUCUAAGGACUGGCUUGACAUAGACUUUGGAAUUGCUGAGGGUGUAGAGUUUAUUGCUGUUUCAUUUGUCAAGUCUGCUGAAGUCGUAAGUCAUCUUAAGAGUUACAUAGCUGCACGAUGCCGUGACAGUGAUAUUGCAGUAAUUGCAAAGAUUGAGAGCAUUGAUUCUCUGAAAAAUCUGGAAGAGAUCAUCCGUGCAUCAGAUGGAGCGAUGGUAGCUAGAGGAGACCUGGGUGCUCAGAUUCCCCUAGAACAAGUGCCUUCGGCUCAACAAAAGAUCGUCAAACAGUGCAGGCAGCUCAACAAACCAGUGAUUGUUGCUUCCCAGCUCCUUGAGUCCAUGAUUGAGUACCCUACUCCGACUAGGGCUGAGGUUGCUGAUGUGUCUGAAGCAGUUCGCCAAAGGGCGGAUGCUCUAAUGCUUUCUGGUGAGUCGGCGAUGGGUCGGUAUCCCGAGAAGGCACUUAGUGUACUUAGAAGUGUGAGUUUAAGAAUUGAAAGGUGGUGGAGAGAGGAGAAGCGCCGAGAAAUGAUGGAACUUCCGGAUAUUGCGUCUUCCUUCUCUGAUAAGAUUUCGGAAGAGAUUUGCAAUUCAGCGGCUAAAAUAGCUAACAACUUGGGAGUUGAUGCCGUUUUUGUCUACACAAAGAGUGGUCACAUGGCUUCUCUCCUAUCACGAUGCCGUCCAGACUGCCCAAUUUUCGCAUUCACUACCUCAACGUCUGUUAGGAGACGGCUGAACCUUCAAUGGGGCCUUAUACCCUUCCGGCUCAGCUUCUCUGAUGACAUGGAAAGUAAUCUCAACCGAACAUUCUCCUUGCUCAAGGCUAGGGGAAUGAUUCAGUCCGGUGACCUGGUAAUUGCCCUCUCCGAUAUGCUGCAGUCGAUUCAAGUGAUGAAUGUUCCCUAGGGUAUGUAUUCUACUAUUUAAAAUUGUAUCAUUUCCCCCCUAAAGCUAUCUGAGCCUGGUUAGAACUUCUAUGAUGCGUGAGCGUUGUUGUUUGAUUUUGAGCAUAAAUUUGUUUGUUUAGAUUAAUUAACAAGCAAAUGGUUUGCAAUAUUUUGUUAUUCCUUUAUGAUAUAUUGCUGUUUGUUCUUUUUAUGUUUCCA